AUGUCCCCUUCCGCUUUGCUAUUAGUCCUCUUUGCUGCAUUCUACGCCAGCGCGGCCCCGUCUCCCUCGACUGGCUCCAUCAAGAUCAAUUUGUCAAGGCAUGUCUUAGCAAAUGGAACCCCACCACGGAAUGUUGCGCGAUUGGCGCUUGCCCCGUCCAGCGAGCCCUUACAGGAUUACUACAAAGGGACCGAUCUGCAAUGGUAUGGUGCGAUUCAGGCAGGAACACCGCCUCAGAACUUUACAGUUGUAUUCGACACUGGGAGCUUCUCGGGAGAAAUUCCAAGCACAUCCUGUUCGAGCUGUGUCAAUCAAAAAAAGUUCAAUUCAGCGGCUUCUUCGACGUUCUAUGAUUACCAUAGGUCAAGCACCGAGAAUUUUGGAACAGGAGUCGGAGUUGAUCCAAGCGAUUACGAAAGCUUGACUUUGUCUGCGGUCCGGGAUACUGUGGCCAUUGCUGGCUUGUCUGCUGCCAAGACCGACUUUUACCUCAUCACUAAGCAGUCUUCUGGUUUCGACGCCGACCCGUUUGAUGGAAUCUUCGGUAUGGGAUACUCUGCCGACGGGACCGUGUUCCAGAAUCUGGUCAAUCAAGGUCUUCCAGCUGUGUUUGGGAUGUGGCUUACCCCGAAAUCCGUUGGUGGCGCUGAGCUGACUCUUGGCGGAAUCGAUAAUUCCAAGUUCUCUGAGCCCGUUACUUAUUUUCCAGUAGAUCCUGCUACACAGGGAUUCUGGCAGCUCGUCUCCUCGCAGUACGCAGUGAACGGCAAGACAUCCGCCGCAUUGAAGAAGACGACUCAUGUCAUUUUCGAUAGCGGGACAAGCAAUAUUGUCUUCCCCAAGGCCGUCACAGAGGCACUGUAUGCCUUGAUUUCGCCCGAGAUCAAACCGGUCGGAACUAAAGGCGCCUAUGGAAUCGCGUGCUCCAAGAUAUCUUCGCUUACCGCAAAGCUCGAUUUCACAUUUACUACCACCACCGGAAAGGCCUUCAACUUGACGAUUCCUCCCCAAGAGCUCAACGUUGGGCCGUUUGCAAGCGACCCUUCGACUUGCCAAACGCUGAUCAAUGCUCAGAGCGGGUACUAUAUCUUGGGCGGAAGCUUGUUGAAGCAUUACUACAGUGUUUGGGAUCAGGCAAACUCGCGUAUGGGAUUCGCGGCGGGUAAUUGA